AUGACAUCACUAGCAUACGAGAAGAAUAUCAAAACGGAGAUCCCUGUUGUCCAGAAGGAAAAGUUCAACGGUGCGGACUUCACGUAUUUGAAAUGGCCAGCAAGCAGCACCAAUUCCAACGGAAGUGACGACACCACCACCACCACAAAGUGCAGAGUGAUUAUCGUGCAUGGGUUCUGCGAAUACUACAAGUUAUACUACAAGUUGAUGGACCGUUUGGCUCAAAAUGGAGUGGAGAGCUUUAUAUUUGACCAAAGGGGUGCCGGAGAGACGUCUCCUGGCAAGGAGAAGGGCAACACUGAUGAGACGAGGACUUUCCAGGACCUUGAUCAUUUCAUCGAAAAGAAUUUGAAGGAGUGUGAGGCGCUCGGCAACCGCAAGCUAUUUUUGUUUGGUCACUCCAUGGGUGGUGGCAUUGUGCUCAACUACGGGUGCUCGGGCAAAUACCGCAGCAAGAUAGCGGGAAUCAUGACUACUGGUCCGUUAAUCGAGCUCCACCCAAAGUCUAACCCUAUGUACAUUGUACGGAAACUCUCGCCCGUCCUUGCUGCUGUUCUUCCCAAUUUCAAGAUCGAUACAAGUUUGAACGUGGAAGGCAUCACCGGUAGCAAGGAAAACCAAGAAUUGUUGAAAAAGGAUCCCAACUUGAAACUAGUGGGCUCUUUCAGACAGAUCUACGACAUGUUGGAAAGGGGCAAGAGAUUGUUGAGCGACCCGGUACGUGCUGAAGGUUUCCGGACUCCCGUAUUGAUAAUGCACGGCGAGCAGGACACAAUCAACGAUCCGAAGGCGUCGGAAAAAUUCAUCCGCGACAGGCUGCCCCACCUGCAAGAUAAGACGCUCAAGAUUUACCACGACGCGAGACACUCGCUUCUGUCCCUAGAGAGGGAUGAGUACUUUGAUCAGGCGUUUGGCGACAUGAUACAAUGGAUUGAUGUUCACACCAUAACCGAGUAA